UAUACACCAUCCAGGCUUUUAUUUCUCUUGGUAAUCUGUACCCGAGAGGGCUGCCCGCUGUCGGUUUGGCUGUGAGGGCGGGAGUCGUCGCAUGGACUGACAUGGCCACUGACCUCGCCAUGAGCGCAGAGCUGCCCAACAGCCCGCUGGCCAUCGAGUACGUCAACGACUUCGACCUCAUGAAGUUUGAGGUGAAGAAGGAACCGCCCGAGGCCGACCGCUACUGCCACCGGCUCCCGUCGGGCUCCCUGUCCUCCACCCCGAUCAGCACACCCUGUUCCUCCGUGCCUUCCUCCCCGAGCUUCUGCGCGCCGAGUCCGGGCGCGCAGCCUAACCAGAGCCUCGCCAGCGGGGUCAUCAACAGUGGCGGCAGCAACAACAGCAGCAGCAACGGCGGCAACAAUCACAGCAACGCAGGCAAACCUCAGCUGGAAGACCUGUACUGGAUCCCCAGCUACCAGCACCACAUCAACCCCGAGGCGCUCAACCUGACCCCGGAGGACGCCGUGGAGGCCCUCAUCGGCAACGCGCACCACCACCACCACCACCAUCACCAGGCCUACGAGGGCUUCCGCGGCCAGCAGUACGUCGGGGAGGACCUGUCCGCGGCCUCGGCGGCUCACCACCACCAGGCCCAUCACCACCACCAUCACCACCACCACGGCCACCACGGCCGCCUGGAGGAUCGCUUCUCGGACGAGCAGCUGGUCAGCAUGACUGUGCGGGAGCUGAACCGGCAGCUGCGCGGCUUCAGCAAGGAGGAGGUGAUCCGCCUGAAGCAGAAGCGGCGCACGCUGAAGAACCGCGGCUACGCACAGUCCUGCCGCUUCAAGCGCGUCCAGCAGAGGCACAUGCUGGAGACCGAGAAGUGCACCCUGCAGAACCAGGUGGAGCAGCUGAAGCAGGACGUGGCCCGGCUCGUCAAGGAGCGGGAUCUGUACAAGGAGAAGUACGAGAAGCUGGCCAGCCGGACCUACAAUACCGGCGGACCUGCAAACACGAGAGACCCGUCGGCUGCGGGUCACGCAAAACAGGCCGAGUUCUUCAUGUGAGAAACUCGAACCCCGCCACAGACACUCUGCAGUUCCACCUCGUCACAUUACUCUCUAUUUUUCUGCGUUUCUAUUGUGUUUACAGUUAUUCCCUCCACACACAAAAAAGACGAUUUAAAAGCGACAUAUGAGUGCAAAAAAUGUUGCUUUUUACACGCGUAAAAGUGCGUAAAGUGGAGCAUUUUACGCGCGCGGCGAGUCUUAAACCUGGUGAUGUGGGCACAUCAAUCUGUGGCUUUUCUGUGGUUCAGCACAACCAGAAAAGUCGUAUUUUGACUGUCUUAAUUCAUAGACAGAUGAUUUUGUCUUAAAACAGAGAAGGAAGAGUGUUGU